CAUGGCGUGUGUACGUGAGAGCGGGCGGCGGUUCGAUUCCCCGCAGCUCCCGCCCGGGACCCGCGGAAGGCAAGCGGCUUUCCCUCACGGGGAGUCCCCCCGUAGCCGCUGAGGGGCCGGGACGGCGCAGCCGAGGGGCUCGGUCCUUCAGGCCGGGGUUGGGGGGGUCUCUGUCCCACCCCGUUGCCGCGGGACAGUGACGGGUGACAACGUGAGAUGGCUAGUCACAGCCACAAGCGGAUAAUCCAAUUAACUGGAUUUAAAAAACAAGAUAAAAAGGCGCUGCUCAAAUGGCUGUUGAAACUGGACUGUGUUUUUCUAGAUAAUAAGAAAUACAGAAAUUGUACGCAUCUUAUAGCAAAAAAGCUGUGCAAGAGUGAAAAGUUCUUAGCUGCCUGUGCAGCCGGAAAGUGGAUACUAACUAAGGAGUACAUAAUUAAUAGUGCCGAAAGUGGCAGAUGGCUUGAUGAAACAACGUAUGAAUGGGGAUAUGAAAUUGAAAAAGACACCCAUUAUUCACCUCAAAUGCAAUCUGCACCUAAAAGAUGGCGCGAAGAAUUGACACUCUCUGGUGCUCCAGGGGCCUUCCACAGAUGGAAAGUUGUCCUCCCUGUUAAGGAAGGUGACAAACGAAUGGCAUCCAUUAGAAGAGUUCUUCAAGCUGGAAAGGCAACCAUAUGUUCAUCUCAAAAUGCAGAGCACGAAAUAACUCAUGUAUUCAUCCAUAAUAAGAUUUGUCACAUGCAAAACAAAAAGUGUCUCUCUGAAGCGCGGUGCUACCCUCUGCAAUAUGUGGGAGAUUACCUGUUUGGGAUUGAAGGGCAGAAUACUGAAGAUAUCAAAAUGAACCAUUUCCUGGCUGCACAAGAAACUGACCCAAUCACGUCUGACGCACAGCUUGCUGAAGUGAAAAGUGCUGUUAUAAAACACAUGUAUUUUGCUACAGUUGUGAAGCACACGUUCUCUCAAAAAGACCAGCUGAAUAAAUGCAAUCCAGAGGUUAAAAAUACUUACCUGUCCAGACGCGCAUGGCAUAUGCUUGAAGGAUUUGUGGAAGAGUAUUUAUUUGCUGAUGUAAUCACAGAACUUGCUGCUGGACAGCAGUACUCGACCCCUCCUGUGCAACUUCUUCACUCUCUUCUGGAAUAUCUCCUAUUGGGAAAUCCUGAUGCAGUAUUUUAUGCUAAAAUUCAUGACAUUUUGUACCUCGUUCUCCAACAUGAUCCUCCCUGGAAGUCCCCAUCUAUGUUAAAUUAUUAUUUGGAUCUUCUUCAGUGUCCUGUCUGUAAGGCAGGCACAUGGUCCUUGAUAGACAUGCUUGUAAGAUCUUGCCUUUAUUGCAAAACCAUUUGUCAUGCAGUUACAGUCUCAGGGAGAGAAGAUGAACAGAGGACAGUUCACAAAACAUUACUGAAGUUUUAUUUUGAUUUAGUAAAAGCUGAAGUAGAGUUUCUGACAAAAAGUUUGGUUGAAGGGACCAAUUCACAGCAUCAGCAAGUCAUGCCACAGACAGUUCUUCUGAAGACCUUUUGGCUGGGAAGUGACACCUCGGUGCUUUUUACCAAACAGAUAAAUAUUCUAGCAGAUUGGGUCAUAUUUUCCCAUCGAGAAUUGAACAGAAAAAAUGAUGCUUUCAGACGUGAAAUAGCUGGUCUGUUAAAUGCAAUUCUUGGAACUGUGGUGGAAUAUUGGAUCAUCUCAAGCUUCCUUAUGGACAGAAAUAUGUUUCAUCAAAUAGCUGAUGAUUUGUCAGACUACAUUGCCAUUUCAUGUGAUGAUUUUUCGAUAUGCGACUUAAAAACAUUCAUUUGUUCCAUACCAUCACUCUGGCUUCAAAUGUUCGUUGCAGAAGCAGUUUUUAAAAAAAUGUGUUUACAGAGGCAUAUAACUAUUUCUACAGAACCUCUCUCUCUUCGGAAAAUAGUCUGUUCCUAUUCAUCUGCUUUGCGAGAGGUAGGGAUGCAUGAGUUGAUGAUACACAAAGCAAAGAAGAAGAAAACAGGUCAGCGGCCGUGCCCUGAGUCUCAAAGGGCAUUACGGAUGCUAAAUGGCGAUAAGCAGAACGAAGUCAAAGUGCUGCCUGAUCUACCUGACUUAAACUUCAGUAAGUGUCCUUCAUUGACAAGGAAGCAUAGAGCAAGAGCAGAAGUUAAGGCUUCAUACACCAAAGACAGUUGCUGCCUUUUGGCUAAAGAGGUACAUCUUUACAAGAGAAAUCUUAAAGGAGAGACAGCCCUGCAUAAAGCUUGCAUAAGUAACAAAGUGGAGAGAUUGAUUCAGCUUCUCUCUUCCCCUGGAAUAGACAUCAAUGUUAAAGACUAUGCUGGCUGGACGCCUUUGCAUGAAGCCUGUAACCAUGGCAGCACAGUGUGUGUCCGUGAAAUUUUGCAGCGUUGUCCGGAGGUAGACCUGCUCAGUGAAGUGGACGGGGUGACUCCUUUGCAUGAUGCACUGUCAAAUGGACACGUAGAAAUUGGCAAGCUGCUACUUCAGCAUGGGGGACCAGCCCUUCUACAGCCAAGGGACUCCCAUGGAAAAUUGCCCCUGGAUUAUGUUGAGUCCAUCCCGGUGAAGCAAGAACUUCUGAAUGUUGUUCAACCAGAAGAGAACAUCGAAAGCUUUGAUGAACGCGCAGAACGAGAGUUUUGCAGUCAGCAGAGAGAGCUGUGGUUGAUUUUGUUUAAUAAGAUGCUACUGAAUUUUUGUUCAGUCUAUAAUCUGUCUUCCCCCUUUACUUUAACUCCCAGAGAGGUAGCUUGUUCAAAUGUACUUCCCGUAAUGGCUCGUGAUAACUGUAAGAUAAGAAAUACAUUCUCUGCAGAUUGGUUACUAGAUACAUAUUUUAGAGAGGUAGAAACUUUUCAAAAGCUACCACAGUUUCUUCAAGAAAUAUCUGCAAACAUGGCUUUUUUCCCUGGAGAACAGAUAGAGGCUUUAUUAGCAACUCUGAAAACCAUGGUAGAGGCCUAUCAGCUCUUUACUUGAGUCUUUUUAACAGUUAGCUCCCGAACAAGUCGCAUGGGUUGAAUCUUGGCUGUUAACCCUUGGUGUUGGGCUAACUUUUAUUCUAGCAACUAAAACAGAAAUUUCGCAGCUUUGCAGGAGACCUACAUGUUAGUGUCUCCCAUGUUGUUGGUACUUCUCUCUAGCGGAACCUGGAAGUCAGAUGCAUUGAUUCAGUGCAUUUUUAGGUGUAAUUUUUCCAAACGCUAGUACUCUAGUUUUCUGACAGAUGGGGCUGCCUGUGACCACCCCAGGAGGGUGCUAUAUCAUUUGCACUAAUUUAAACUUUAUCUUUUCUCUUCUGGAAAUCUUUAUUACUCACAGUCUCACACUGUAGUUCGUUUUGGUUUCCAGGGGUAGUGACCCUGAAGUGAAACGAAAUUGAAAUACUACAACAAGCAGUUUUUCUUUGAGAAAGGCUUGUGGCUGUGUAUUUUAAUAUCCUCCAUUAAAAUGGAUAUUUUAAAUACCUGUCAUUAAACAAAAACAUAUGGGGAAGCAAAUUCUUCCUAUCAGUUUUUAUCUUCUUUUUAUCCUCGUCUUAUAAAAAGUUAAAUUACAUUGCAUAAAUUAGUUGAAUUUUGUAAAAUUCAAAACAGAAGGUAAUAUGUCUGUGUUUGCAGAGUCGGUGUACUGCCAUUUCCCUGUCUGUCAUAGUUUGAUGGAAGCGGUCACAUGAAGGUGUGUGUAACAUCUUCUUCUCCCUCGUGAGCGUCAUGGCCACGUCCAUUUUCGCACGUCCAGGGGGAUGUUCAGAGCUCCGGUGGCCACCGCUGGUGAGAGUUUAAAGCCAUCAAGCCAACGUUGCUGCAAAUGGCCAAAUCCACUUAGUCCGUGGCUCUGCUCCGACUCACGUUGGCUUGCACCGGUUCGAUAAAUCCAUUACACAACCAGUGUAUAAAGCCAUCUGGUGACACUCGUGGGAUUCCUUCAAGUGAAGGUGCGGGUGGAGGCAGUGGCACGAAUUUAGUUAUGUUGGCAGGGGAAUUUACUAAGGAUUAAGCAAAACAGUUUAAGUAUGUGCUGAGCAUCAGAUGCUGGCACUAAGUAUGGGUCUCCUUAAAAAUUGCACCCUUUUUAAUGUGAGAAUUUUGCUCUCCAUUCUAUGAAUACAUGCUAACUGCACAUUAUAAAUCUUCUAAACUAAUCCUCUAACGUAAUUUAGCUUUGUGUGAUACUUAUUCUAUCAGAUGGUCUUUUUAAUUAAUUAAGAAAAAGGGAAAAUCCUGUGCUGUUCCUUAAAGGUACUGAGGCUCUACAUAACUGUGUUGCAUGGGGCUGGGGAUGUGGAAGAGUUGCUUGUUUUGGAGAGCACAUUUAUACAGAAACAACAACUCUUCCUGCCUCUUGCAUCCUUGUAGAGAUCCAGUGCCAGAUGAAUUUCAGAUUAUGGUCUGGGAAGAGUUGCAAUUCUAAGGGAAGUUUAUCUGUUCUAAGGGAGGAGAGGGAAGUGCUGCUUUAGAGUGAGGAUACGUGAUCUUCUUCUAAGAAACUCAGUAAUAGGUCAGGAAUAAUUUAAAAUCUUAGCCUUCAAAAGGAAGGUACUAAUUAGCAAUGUUUCCAGUUCCAGUUCUUCUGUAAUAGUAAUUUAUCAUAUUAAACAUAGAACCCUAAAAGAAAGGGUGUGGAUAGUAGCUGCUUCUGAAAUUGAUGUUGCUUGACUAGAGGGAUUAAGUUACACUGAUGCAGCUGGCUUGCGGCACAUUAAAACUUCCAUUUAGCCUUUCUGCAGCCGAGGUACAUGAUCUCAUGGCAAUUAAUCCACUGAAGAUGCUCAGACUGAGUUAGUCUGGGAACCAGACCUUCAUGACAAAUGUUCAGUGUUUAUUAAUGACCAAUUAUUAUUUUUAUACGUGCAUGCAGAGCAGCCUGCUCUAACAGAAUAAAGUGUCAGUGCGCAUUUGAUUUGUGUCCGUUUGUGCACUUCUGAUUUUUCUGUAGUAAAAAAGCAACACCAAAAAAACCUUUGUCAUAUAUGAGAUAGACUAAUAAACAUCAGUAUUCUCUGUUGCAGGGAUGAAAAAAUCUAUGUGCAUGCUUUUAAAGAGUGUGAAAUACGCAUUUAAGUUAGCAAUAGUAACAUUUUCUUUAGUCGUGAAUUUCGUAGGUAUUUAGGAGUUUAAAAUAAUCAGGACCCAGAGAACCACAAAAAAGAAUUCUGGUCCUAAUACAUCAGUGACUGAAGUGAAAGCAGAAAAACAGAGAGUGAUUCUGCUUAUAUAUCCAAGAUAUUUCCACAAUUAUUUGCUAUUAUGUCAUGUAAAAAGUUAGAAAAAGCACGUCAGUCAUUUCUGAGUCCUCCUUACCUAUUUAAACUGAUUUCAAGUACAUCUCUCCAACGUACUGUAAAGAAGAUAAUGUGCUAAAUGAACAUUAUUAACAUUGCAAAAUGAAACGUUCAAAAGUUAGCAAAUGUCUGAAUUAAUAUUCCACAUGUAGCCCCAACUUAAAUAUUGUCUGUGUGCAUCAUCAGUCUUUAAUUAUAUGGUGACACAAUUUUCUUCUCUCCAGUGUUCUCUCAGUUUAAGUAAGGAUCAUGUAUUGAAAAUUUUCCUGUUAUUUCCCAGUUAUGCUCUUAACAGAGUUCAGUUUUAUACAUAUUCGGUUUUAUGUAUACUCAAGUUUGCAAACUCCGUAUCCUUAAAAAAAUCUUAAGUAUUUCUCAGUCGUAUUUAACAUAAAAUUAUGUGCUUCAUCUAAUUUAUUAGAGAGUACCUGUUCUAUUUCAGAAUAGCAAAAUUUUCCUGUUAAAUCAUGAUUGCAAUAAAGUGAGAUCUAUUAAGUGAUUAAA